AAGAAUGUGCCCUAGGUGUACAGCUGUUUCACAUGCAAAGACAUGACUCAGAUACAGCCUUACAGCCUUUUUAGACAAAACCCUUUUGUUACACUGAGAACACAUGUAACAAUAGCCGGGGGAGGAGGGGGGAGAGAGAAUAAUAGAACAUUGGUUGUUUUGUGAAGGGAGGUAGGAAGAGAAUCUAAAGAUAAGGAAAUUGAAAAUUAAAAUUUUAUCUAAAGUCUGUUGGUUUUUUUUCAUUGCCACGUAGGUAUCAAAACAUUGAAGAUGUUUCAGGACAAGUUCCUUAUCCCUAUUGCACACACUGUCCAUAGUAACUCCAUGUGUGACAAGAACAUGAAUAUAUCAUGCAAGUGGGUCAACUAUAAUAUGAAGUAUCUUGAUAACUACUGAUUGAGAUCUCUUUACUUCCACUGCUAAAUACUGAUAUUGUUGUUGCAGGCAUUAAGACACAAAAUGGAAAGGAAGUUUGAAGCCAGGGAUUACAACCCUACAGGAAAACUCUGUGUGGGCAGAUUUUGUUGAAGUGCAUUCAUAGAUAUAGCAGAAGUUGUUUAUACAAGACAAUUUUUAAGCGCUUGGGGCUUUAUGCAUGACAGACACUUCAAAGUAUCACUAUUAAAUUGAAAAGAUGGCAACACAGACAGAUUUUCAAGUUUCUGGAUUGUAGCCCUCUGCUCUGUCUAGUAAAUCACUCACAUCAUAGUUAACCUACACUUCACAAAGACUGCACUGGAUCUAGUAGAACAGCAACAUAAUGUUGCAAGAUCCAGAGUCAGUACCUCUUUUUCUAAAAACAAACCCAUUAUCUAGCCUUUCCAGGCACAGACACAUUUGUCAUCAGUGAGGCCACCUAGCAAGCCAAGGCUUGAAUGUCUAGGCCCAGACUAUCUGGAAUAUUUAAUGUCAAACCCACAAGUAUUAGGAUGGUUUGAAAAGUUACAUAUCUGGGUCUUUUUGCACUACUGGAUUUCAUUAAUACCUUAUUUUUUCAUAUAUAUAUAUUUCAGUAGCAAUAAACUCUAAACAAAAAGAGACAAGUAGUUCAAUGUGUUGAACUGAACUUCACUAUAUAGGACAUGAUCCACAGAGAUGAUACUGUCUUUGCAUGAUCCGUACGCUUGCCUGAGAAACCGGUUACUUUCGUUUGAAAUCGAUUGGCUUUAUUUUUAUUUUUUUUCCAGGAAUAAGGGAAAUCAAGUGAAGUUACCACACUCCUGCGGUAUGAAGCAGCAGCAUGACGUUCAGCAACAAUGCCUGUAGUACUGAGUGGCCUUAAAAGAACUGGCUAAAAGCAGGAAGGCGAGCUGUUAAUUGAAACAGGCAACAGGCGGGCUGUGGAGGCAACUGGCGAAAAUUUGAAGAAGUGAGGUACAGUUCCUUGGGGCAGCGGUGGACUGAGUUGACCAGGUCACAUUUAGGUCACCUUGCAGAACCUUCCGAGAAAACAAGGGUUAUAGUAAGAAAGCGAUGUUUAAUAGCACUAUCUUCACUACACAGUCAGACUGAAACAGGAACAGGUUGUCUGGAGCCAUGUGGUUAUGAUAUUAUUGAGAUUCCAUAAUGCCUCCUGCCGUGACAGACAGCCUUGACAUCUGGGCGGUGGAUUCGCAGAUUGGUGCUGAUGGCUCAAUAUCUGUGGACUUCCUGUUGCCCACUGGAAUCUACAUCAACCUGGAUGUCCCUCGAGAUGCCACCAUAUCUCAUAUUAAACAGCUGUUAUGGAAGCAGGCACAUUCCUAUCCGCUCUUUCAUCUCCUCAUGGAGAUUGACUCUUACAUGUUCUCAUGCGUGAAUCAGACUGCUGUACAUGAAGAAUUAGAGGAUGAAUCACGGAGACUUUGUGAUGUUAGACCCUUUCUUCCUGUCCUUAAACUAGUGACGAGGAAUUGUGAUCCAGGAGAAAAGUUGGAUUCCAAAAUAGGUGUCCUUAUAGGCAAAGGUCUCCAUGAGUUUGAUGCCUUACAAGAUCCCGAGGUGAAUGACUUCCGAGCUAAAAUGCGGAGAAUCAGUGAGGAAAAGAUUCAGUCGCUUGUGGGUCUCUCCUGGAUGGACUGGUUAAAACACACUUACCCACCAGAACAGGAGCCUGUUAUUCCAGAGAGCUUCCAAGAUAAGCUCUAUAGUGGAAAUCUUGUAGUGGCUGUUCAUUUUGAUAACUGCCAGGAUGUAUUUAGUUUUCAGGUGUCUCCUAACAUGAAUCCCAUCAAGCUGAAUGAGCUGGCAAUCCGAAAACGUUUGACUAUCCAUGGAAAAGAAGAUGAGGAGGUUGAUCCUGCUGACUAUGUGCUGCAAGUUAGCGGACGACUGGAAUAUGUUUUUGGUGAUCACCCAUUAAUUCAGUUUCAGUAUAUACGCAACUGUGUGAUGAACAGGACUCUUCCUCAGCUGACUCUAGUGGAGUGUUGCACCAUAAAGAAAAUGUGUGAGCAGGAGAUGAUUGCUGUAGAAGCUGCCAUAAACCGCAAAUCAUCCAACCUUCCUCUUCCUCUGCCACCAAAAAAAACAAGAACAACAACUAGUGUAUGGGAUAUUUCCAACCCUUUCAAGAUUAUCCUAUUAAAGGGUAAUAAACUAAAUACAGAAGAAAAUGCCAAAGUUCACGUUAGGGCUGGUCUUUUCCAUGGUACAGAGCUCCUUUGUAAAACAAUUGUAAGCACAGAAAUAUCUGGAAGAAGUGACCACAUUUGGAAUGAAGUACUAGAGUUUGAAAUAAACGUCUGUGAUCUGCCGAGAAUGGCAAGGCUCUGCUUUGCAGUUUAUGCUGUGAUGGAUAAGAUGAAAACUAAAAAGUCAACUAAGGCAAUGAAUCCUUCCAAAUACCAAACCAUUAGGAAAGCAGGAAAAGUGCAUUAUCCUGUAGCCUGGGUAAAUACCAUGGUAUUCGAUUAUAAAGGACAGUUGAAGAAUGGAGAACUGGUGCUGCACAGCUGGUCAUCAUUUCCUGAUGAACUUGAAGAAAUGUUGAAUCCAAUGGGAACUGUCCAGACUAACCCUUACACUGAAAAUGCAACGGCUUUGCACAUUCGAUUUCAAGAAUAUUCAAAGCAGCCUAUUAAUUACCCUCCCUUUGAUAAGAUACUUGAAAAGGCAGCUGAGAUUGCAAGGAACAGUGACAAUGCUGCAAUGGCGGGUCGAGGUGGUAAGAAGUUUCAUGCUGUGCUAAAAGAAAUAAUGGAAAGAGAUCCUUUGUCUCAACUCUGUGAAAAUGAAAUGGAUCUUAUUUGGACUUUGCGCUAUGACUGCCGUGAAAAUUUCCCACAAUCAUUGCCAAAACUGCUGCUGUCUUUAAAAUGGAACAAACUUGAAGAUGUUGCUCAGCUUCAGGCUCUCCUGCAGAUAUGGCCCAAGCUGCUGCCUAGGGAAGCGUUGGAAUUGUUGGAUUUCAAUUAUCCAGACCAGUACGUCAGAGAAUACGCAGUGGGCUGUUUAAAGCAAAUGAGCGAUGAAGAGCUCUCUCAGUAUCUUCUUCAACUUGUGCAAGUCCUGAAAUACGAACCUUUUCUCGAUUGUGCGCUCUCCAGAUUUCUUUUAGAGAGAGCACUCGCUAACAGGAGAAUAGGACAGAUGUUGUUUUGGCAUCUAAGGUCGGAGGUUCACAUACCUGCCGUGUCUGUACAGUUCGGUUUGAUACUUGAAGCUUACUGCCGAGGAAGUGUUGCUCAUAUGAAAGUGCUUGCUAAACAGGUGGAAGCCCUUAAUAAAAUGAAGACUUUAAAUAGCUUAAUUAAGCUGAAUGCCAUGAAGCAAAGCAAAGCAAAAGGAAAAGAUGCAAUGCAUACGUGUUUGAAACAAAAUGCUUACAGAGAAGCACUUUCUGACCUCCAGUCUCCUCUGAAUCCUUCUGUUAUACUUUCAGAACUACACGUUGAGAAGUGUAGAUACAUGGAUUCUAAAAUGAAGCCCCUAUGGAUAGUAUACAACAAUAAAAUGUUUGGAGGAGAUCUUGUAGGGAUCAUCUUUAAAAAUGGUGAUGAUCUGCGACAAGACAUGUUGACGCUCCAGAUUUUGCGUUUGAUGGACAUACUUUGGAAAGAAGCUGGUCUGGAUCUCCGGAUAUUGCCCUACGGCUGUUUAGCAACUGGGGAUCACGCUGGCCUUAUCGAGGCUGUGUCUAGCUCAGAAACCAUUGCUGACAUUCAGUUAAAUAGUAGCAACGUUGCUGCUGCUGCUGCCUUCAACAAAGAUGCUCUCUUGAACUGGCUGAAGGAAUACAAUUUAGGAGAUGACUUGGAUCGAGCCAUUGAAGAAUUUACUCUGUCUUGUGCUGGCUACUGUGUAGCUACUUAUGUAUUGGGGAUUGGUGACAGACACAGUGACAAUAUCAUGGUCAGAAAAAAUGGUCAGCUUUUUCAUAUAGAUUUUGGGCAUAUUCUUGGAAACUUCAAGUCCAAGUUUGGAAUUAAAAGGGAACGGGUACCUUUCAUACUCACCUAUGAUUUCAUUCAUGUUAUUCAACAAGGGAAGACAGGGAACACUGAAAAAUUUGGUCGGUUCCGCCAGUAUUGUGAAGAAGCAUACUUGAUUCUGCGAAAACAUGGAAACCUAUUUAUUACACUCUUUGCACUGAUGUUAACUGCAGGGCUUCCGGAGCUAACCUCUGUCAAGGACAUCCAGUAUCUCAAGGACUCUCUUGCCUUAGGGAAGAGUGAGGAAGAAGCACUAAAACAAUUUAAGCAAAAAUUUGAUGAAGCACUCCGUGAAAGUUGGACUACUAAAGUAAACUGGAUGGCUCACACUGUUCGAAAAGAUUACAGAUCCUAGAAGAUUUUUGCAUUUGCACUAAGCUGAAUGUUACCUUGAUAAGUGUUUUUAAGGGGGGUCUGUAGCAUGGACCAACAAAACUUAUUUUAAACAAGAAAGAAAACAAAAGAUCAGCAGAAAGAAAUAGGCUGAAAUAAUUCCUGAGUCUUUUGCACUCUGCUUCUGAAUGCUUCAUUCCAAGACUGUCUCUACAAAUAUUGAACAUCCUGGAUAAUCAGUUCCUGCUGACUUUGCACGCUGAGAGCUACUAGGCAUUUUUAAAAAUUCUCUGGUACUUUAUGGAGGUGUAAAUAUUUGGUUUUAUACGUUAGGGUAAUGUGCUCUAACAUACUCGGGAGGUUUGAAGACCUCGAACAAAACUGUUGUUCGUUUGAAGUUGGGACUUGAAGAGUGAAUUUUUUUUAUAUCCUAAUCUGGCUAAAAAUGACCAUAUUGUGUAUAUUUUUCAUACGAACCCUGCCCUACUGGCACAGAUGCAUUAAUUCUACUGUAAAUAGCAACCACAGUAUUGUUGUACUGCAGGGAGCUGCUUAAUGUCUUACGCUGCUGCCAAAAGAAGGGUGGGUGUUCGGAAGAUGUGGGCGGGGGGCGAUGUCACCACCAACACACCUUUGAACAUGAUGCAGCGUCCAGAUGUUCAGGGUUGUGGGAUUUUGUUCCUGUGACACACACACACACAAGAAGCCCUUCAGUGAGAGGAAAAUUAGGCCAAUUCCAAAUAUGCCUGAGAAUCCCUCAUCGGUAACACUCUCCCGUUUGGCCUCUGGGGCUUUGUUUUCAACUCCUGAAGAGACACAAUUAUUUUGGGUUCAGCAAGAAGCUCCUUACAACCUUACGUUGUAAUUCAUAUCUCAGAUUAGUUGUGCCAUGCAAAUGUACUGACUUAUGUAUGGACAAACUUUCAUUAAAUGUACCACACAGAGUGAUUUUUAGAGCAAACAUACCAAAACCCCCAAUUGUUUGGAAAAUGAAGUGUUUAUGGAAAAAAGAUCAUUCUAUAAAACACCAGUGAGAAGUUAAUUUUUUCUUUCUGUAUUUAUUAAAAACUUGCAGUAAUGUUGCUUUACCAAGAUAUAUAUGUUGAAGAUGGUUGCUGAAGAAACUGGAUUUGUUUUAAUUUAUUUAGUGAGGUACCAGGCUUUUAGGUGCUUAAAUGGAGAGCAAAUUUGUGACGUGCAAUAGGGAACUGCUGGUUAAAAGAUGUAACAUACUGUUUCUGAACAUCAGCAAGGCAGACUUUAACUACUGCUUGUUCUCCAAGGAACACUGGUAGCUCUCAAUUCUUGUUGACGUUUGAAAGAGAAUUAAACAUAUAUAUUUACUUUUUGACUAAACAGUUGUUUUGCAUAGAGAUGUUGUUUUAUGUAGGAAUUUAAUUAAACGUGGUUUUACUUUGUUGAAA